AUGCAAGAGAGAAAAAUCCACCUAGACGUCGGCAACUCAAUCAACAAACUUACGAGGUCUUCGUAUGAUAUUUUCGGUGUUGAGGAUGGAAGUGUCGAUAUAUUUGGAUUUGCGUCAAAAAUAUGUUCAAGUCUCUCCCGAGGAAUCGCCUGUCUAAAACAACCGCCGUCUGACAAUCAAUUUUCUGCCUGCCCGACCAUCUUCGAGCUGAGCCAUUGUUGGACGGAAACGCCGCACGGACAAAGGCUGGAGACCGAUUGUCCGACUGACUCUCUCCUUCAGACACAAAACGAGACUACUUACAGGGACUGCUCUCCUCAGGGCUACUUUCAGAAUGGCACAGCUGAUCCUGAACGCCCUGCUGGCUGGCAUAGCAUCCGCGAGACACACAUACAGUAUUUGCAGCAAAAUUGCAGCCUCUACGCGCCAGACUACACCGCGGAUUACAGCUCGUCGUAUAAUCAAUCUGCCUCUAACUCGACUUCUUACGAAGACGACUUCUACUACGACUACUCUUCGGGUCCGAUUCUUAAUUCCGAAGAGCCGUACGAUUUGGGCACCCUGACGGUGCUGCUCAAGAUGCUGAUGAUCUUCUCGAUCUUAUCGUUCAUAACAACAAUUGUUUCGCUCCUGCUUAUGUCCUUUUUUCUUCGAAAAUGCACACGAGUUUACAUUCACAUGAAUCUCCUUUUCACCUUCAUGUUGAGGUCACUUUUUUUUAUUUGGUCGCAAGUGACGUUUAUGUGGAGAACGCCAAGAAUGGAAGAACAAUACAGUUACCUGCCAGACCUGAUCAACGAUCUUGAAAACUACGAAUUCUCGAAACUAGAACAGAAGGAUCUUGCGCAGAUGGAAGCGCACUACGAACAGUAUUGCGUGGCUCACAUAAGGAACGAGAAGAAGUUCACCUUCCUGUGUCAGAUCUACCCAGUUCUUAUCAAUUAUUCGAUCAUCGCCUGCUUUGCAUGGCUCGUCUGCGAGGGGCUCUACCUUGUCCUGCUCCAGAAGCAGCCCACCAUCCUCUUCAAAAAUUUCAACCCGAUGCAUUGGUUUAUAGCGCUUUCCUGGGGCUUCCCCGGCUGCGUCGUUGGCUUAUGGGUGUAUAAAAUGUACACGCGGGAAAAUGGAAGUUUCCAGUGCUUUUCAGUAGAUGAAAAGUACGAUAAAAUUCUCAACUACCCGAUCAACUUCUUUGUCUUCACGGGGCUGAUCAUUUUCUUCAUUUUGAUUAUCGAGAUAAUCAAAAAAUUGCGAGCACCAGAGCAUAUCGCGGGAUCUGGUAACUUCACAAUCAGGAUGUCGAAAGCUACUCUCUCCAUGAUACCACUCCUCGGCGCGCAGUACAGUAUUGUCCCUUAUCUCACUGUAGAAAAUGGUGUUCCUCGGGAUAUAGCGAAUGUUUGCACCACGCUGUCAGUCCUAUUUUCCUCUACACACGGUAUCAUAGUUUCAUUCCUCUACUGCUUCACUUCGACGGAGAUGAAAAAUGCAAUCAUGAGACGAUGGAAAGUGCACAAAGAGAUCCAGUCGGUGUAUAAAGAAAUCUCCUCGCGACGGCAGUCCCGAGAUACGUUCACUACCCACCUCAAGGUGUCCAGAGAUGACGACAUGUUCUCAGCAUCCUUAACACAGCGUCAACACAGUGCGCCGUCGUCGCAAAUAUUCGGCGAGAAAGGCGAGUUUGACAGCGAGUCCCCACGCAGCAGCGAUUCCGCGAAGGUGUGGGAGAAAGAGCAGGGCGAGGCCGGAAGCGUCGCUGGCUCCAGAACAAACUGCUCGGAUUUCUCAGAUUCCGGCUUCUCAGACGAGAAAAACAUACAGUCCUGCGAUCUGUUAGACGACUACUAA